AUGUUUCCUUACGGUCAAUACCCUCCCAGCGGCAACACUUACGGCGAUGGAUAUUACGAUCCUCAAGGUAGGCGGGGUAGUAUGCCGUAUCCGAGUGGCGGAUAUGUGUAUGACAACCCUUCUAGAACCCUUCCCAGUGCUCGACGAGCGAGCUUGACAGAAGAGCUGAGUGCCGCUCGAGCCAGUGCUAUGUAUGGUAGACAGGAGUACUCACAAUAUGCUCUUCCUGAAGCACGAGAAUCUCGAAGGGACAACGAGCGACCCUCUCAUACUAGCCAAAUGACCGAGGAUCGACCGCGGAAGAGUAUCACAAGUGGUGGCUCAAUUCAACCUAACAGUAAGCACGAGUAA